AUGUACAUACAAAUUCCUUUUCUUCUAGGUUGUUACUCCUCUAUUUGUGUGCUUUUGUAUGUGAUCUUGGGUAUCUAUUCUGGUGUGAAGAAAAGUAUCUUCAUUCAUCUUAAAUCCAAGUUGUUCAAGAAAAAUGGAGGGUUGUUGUUAGAGCAGCAUAUUGCUAAUUCACAUGGACCUGGAGUAGGAUGCACAAAGAUUUUCACUGCCGAGGAGCUUUUGAUGGAGAUCAGUACCGUAAUAGAAAAGGUGUUAGUGCAGGAGAACCAAAUCGAGUGUUUUAUCAAUGAUAUUAUCUCUCUUGCCCAUAUCAACCAUCAAAAUGUGAUCAAGUUCUUGGGUUGCUGUUUGGAGACUGAAGCUCCCACUCUGGUUUAUGAGUUCAACUCUAAUAAGACACUCUAUGAUUACAUUCAUGAACAAAAAAUUGGGGGAGUCACAAUGCCUCAUUGGGAUAUCCUUAUGGGGAUAGCAUCGGAUUCUGCACCAUAUCUUGCUCAUCUGCAUUCUUCAUCAAUCGUUCAUGGCAAUGCUAAGUCUUCCAACAUAUUAUUAACCGACCACUUGGCCAUAGUUGCUUGUUUUGGACUUCCAAAAUUAGUCCCAAAUAAGUACAUUGGUGCAGAGGACACUCAGUUAUCUAGACCCAGAGUAUCUGGUUACAGGGAAACUAGCAUAUAA